CCACGGUCUACACGAUGCAGUCCUCGGUCCUAUCUCCUCCUAGCUGGUUCCAUUCCAGAGAAGGCAUAGCUUUAGGCCAGGCUGCCUCUCGAGCAGGCGUUGCUAAUGUCGUCCUGAAUUUCACCGAGUUUGAUUUCACAAAGGCCUUCAACUUCAUCAAGGAGAAGCUUAGCCCUGAGUUCGUGCAGGAAUACUGGCUUGUCUCGGUGGCAGAUGCUUCCAGGGGGUGUUAUAUCAGCUGCCGCAAGGUUUCCAUAUGUUGGUUUUCUAUUAAAUUCCUUGAUGUGCUGUGGUGCCUGCUUUUCAGUAGGACUGCUGGGCCUUCUCCCUGGUACCAUCUGCUUGAUGGACUCAAUGUGACGAAGCCUAACGGUACCGCCGAUGGCACGAUUGACGUCGUCACUCUCAAUCGUAAUAUUUUCGAGAAACCGAACGAUGCCGAUGUCAUUAUCCACCAGGAACUUGACGAAUUCUUCCCCAUGAAAAUUGCGAUGCCGGAGAACAUCACUCUGACACCAUUGACAGGACGUUCCAAGCGUUCAGCCGCAGAUGAUCUUGACCGACCACGAAUCAGAAUCAAGAGCUCGCCCAAAGACUACUAG